AUGAAUAGCAAAAUGUCUAAGAAAGUUCAAAAAGAAUUAUUUGAAACUAUCUCAAACAAAAUCUUCUAAGAUUGUUUAAUUUAAAGGCCAUCAAUUAAGGAAUUGGUCAAGUUGAUGUUCAGCCAGAAAAAAUACUUCUAAAAUUUCGAGUAUUUAAGCAGUGGCGCUUAUUCUCUUGUCUUAAAGGCUUACAAUUCUUAGCAAAAUCGCCAAGUUGCUCUCAAAUUUUUAGGGAGCUCAAACAAAGAGUAUAAUAAUGGCAUUGAAUCUUUGAAAAAAGAGUAUGAAAUGCUUCAAAAGUUUAGCCAAUCAUAAUUUUUAGUAAAUGUCUAUGAUUGCUUUUAUUUAAUGGAAGAACAAGAAGAUGAAGAUGAAGAUGGAAACGAUAUAAUUGUUUAAACUGGAGUCAAAUCCUUCUUUGUCAUGGAAAUGGAGCUUUGUGAGAGUAAACAAAAAUCACAUUUUUUCAUCCAUUUUUUUUUUCUUUCAUAUUUUUUAAACAUGUGA